GUAUAAAAAUAUUUUGGUAAAUUCCAUUUAGAAAAGGUGAGAAACGCGUGCUUUUCUGAUGAAAGUCAAGCAGCUCUAUUUCCGGUCCUGUAGGCUCUACGGCUGCUUCGACGCAGCUAGCAGCAGAAGUCAGAACAGCGGUGUGGCGCUCCAGCUGUUCUCACCGCUGCCCGCCUCCCCGCCGCUGCUUGGCCUCAUUUCAUUUCUGGCGCAGCUGCGACGAUGACAGGCAUCGCGGCUGCGUCUUUCUUCUCCAACGCCUGUAGGUUCACUGGCUGCGGACGCCACUUUGACUCCCUGUGCGACCUCAUCGUGCACAUCGAGGACAACCACAUUGAUACAGAUCCCUGUGUUCUGGAGAGGCAGGAGCAGCAGCAGCCGACAUACGUCGCUCUCAGCUACAUUAACAGGUUCAUGACAGAUGCUGCCAGGAGAGACCACGACAGCCUCAGGAAGAAAGUUCAGCCCAAGCUGCCUCUGCAUCUGACAGGCAAUCUGUCGCGCAGCGCCGUGCCAGCUCCACCCCGCCACACGGGUGGAAACCUCACCCCUCCGGUCACGCCACCAAUCACCCCUUCCUCCUCCUUCCGCAGCAGCACGCCUACAGGAAGCGAGUGUGAUGAAGACGAUGUGGACUUUGAGGGAUCUGACAGUGACGAAUCGUGGACCACAGAGAGCGCCAUCAGCUCCAAGUCCAUCCUCAGUUCUGUGUGCAUGAACGGAGGAGAAGAGAAGCCAUUUGCUUGCCCUGUUCCAGGAUGUAAAAAGAGAUAUAAGAACGUGAAUGGAAUCAAGUACCACGCCAAGAACGGCCACAGAACCCAGAUCAGGGUCCACAAACCUUUUAAGUGCAGGUGUGGGAAAAGCUAUAAAACCUCUCAGGGUCUCCGCCAUCACACCAUUAACUUCCACCCCCCCUGUCUCCACUGAGAUGAUGCGGAAGAUGCAGUCGUUGGGGCGGAGGAAAUGAGCAGCGCUGUCUCUCAGGUCAUGUCAGCUGAACUCUUUGGUCACCAGCACUGGUUUUCUCACUCCUCCCCUCUUUCUGCCCUACUGUUCUGUCAUUUUCACUAUUUAUGAUAUGAGAUUUUGAUCACAUGACACCUUUGUUACUUCAAAUCAUUAAAAAGGAGCCUGGAACAGGACAGUCCCACUGCAAGAACUACAGCUUGAAGGGUUGGAAAUCAUAGAUUUUUUUCAUUUCAUUUCAAAAUAAUGAAACUCUUUAUUUUUAAUCUUUAUGUGAGAAUCCCAGAGUUUUUUGUAAACACUACGUUGAUGUCUGAAUGCUGUGACAGCAUUUGUCAUUGUUCUUGAUCAGUUAUCCUUAAAA